AUGUUCUACUCACGGAAUUUCCGCGUCUUCGCGAUUUGUGCUCUGCUUCUGUUGGUCGUUCAUCUGCCAAAUGCCUAUCCCUCACCGCUGGGAUUUUCGAUGCGGGGAUCGAACGGCCAUGGUGGCACAGUUUCGGAGAUUGAACCAGGUAAACUGGGUGCCGUCGCGAGCGAGAGUUCCAUUUGCUCCAAUCAUGGAGUUGAAAUGCUGAAGAUGGGUGGAAAUGCCGCCGAUGCUUUGGUCGCAGCCCAAUUCUGUAUUGGUGUAAUUGGCAUGUAUCACAGUGGAAUCGGUGGAGGUGGCUUCAUGCUAGUGCGCGCACCCAACGGUUCCUAUGAAUUUAUCGACUUUCGGGAAACUGCCCCGGCCACGGCAUUUCAGGAUAUGUACAACAAUGAUACAAACCUGUCCAUAUACGGUGGGUUGGCAAGUGGUAUACCCGGAGAGAUCCGCGGCCUGGAGCAUCUUCACAAGAACUACGGCUCUCUCUCUUGGGCGACAGUGAUGCAACCCGCAAUCUACACUGCCCGUAAUGGCUUUCCCGUGACAGAAGAUCUGGUAAAAUAUAUGAAUUCUGCCGUGGGUGAUGGAGAAGACUUUCUGUCCAAAGAUCCAACCUGGGCAUUGGAUUUUGCUCCUAAUGGCACUCGAUUAGGUCUAGGGGACAUAAUCACCCGUAAGCGCUAUGCAGACACUCUCGAGACGAUCGCUCAACAAGGUCCCGAUGCGUUCUAUUCAGGUCCCAUCGCGGAGACCAUGAUAAAUGCUUUGCAAGCCGCGAAUGGUACAAUGACACUACAGGACCUGGACAACUACACGGUGGCAAUCCGCAACACCUCCCAGAUCGACUACCGGGGAUAUACCAUCACCAGUACGACAGCUCCAUCAAGUGGAAUUGUUGCCAUGAGCAUUCUUAAAAUCCUGAACACCUACAGGGAACUUUUCCAUUCCGGACAAUCAGUGAAUCUGAGUACCCACAGAAUGGACGAGGCGAUGCGGUUUGGAUAUGGUGAGAGAACUGAAUUAGGUGACCCUUCCUUUGUGGACGGCAUGGCAGCAUACGAGGAGGAGAUGCUCAAGCAGUCGACCAUCGACGAAAUUCGGGGCAAAAUCUCAGAUACGCAUACGCUUGACAUCUCGGCCUAUGAUCCUGCCGGCCUAGAGAGCCUAGACACACCUGGAACAUCUCACAUCGCUGCGGCUGACCAUUCUGGUCUUGCUAUCUCUGUGAUUACCACAAUCAAUUUGCUAUUCGGCAGCCAUGUCAUGGUGCCCGAGACGGGUAUUAUCAUGAAUAACGAAAUGAACGACUUUUCGAUUCCGGGGUCUUCCAACUCUUUUGGAUAUAUUCCUUCCGAAGCUAAUUACAUCCGCCCUGGCAAGCGGCCGUUGUCUUCGAUCACGCCCGCGAUCGCCACUCGACCGAACGGCAAGCUGUUCCUAAUUGCUGGCUCUGCAGGAGGCAGCAGGAUCAUCACUGCUACUGUUCAAAACAUCAUCCACACCAUUGACCAGAAACUUAGCGCCGCUGAGGCCUUGGCCAAGCCUCGCCUACAUGAUCAGUUGGUUCCGAAUCAAGUUAGUUUCGAAUACGCAUAUGAUAAUGGGACUGUGGCGUUCAUGAAAAGCCUCGGGCAUAAUGUGACAUGGGUUGCACCGGGUCAGAGCACUGCGCAGUUGAUUCGUGUUCUACCCAAUGGCACAUUUGAUGCUGCUGGUGAGCCACGACAACUGAACUCGGCUGGAUACUCAAUUUAG